AUGAUAAAAUCUGAUGUUAAAUCUGCCAAACAGAAAUGGAAACAUCUCUGUGAUUAUUACUCCAAAUUAAAAAAACCAAAAGCUUCAGGUUCUGAUGGUAAAGAUGUUAAAUGGCCUUAUUUAAAUUUAAUGAAUUUUUUGGAAGGAGAAAAAGAAAAUUGUUCAAGGUUCUAUUUUAGUUUAUAUUGUAUUUAUAAAUUUAUAGUAGGAUUGAUUCAAUUCAAACAACGUCUAUUCCAAAUGAUGUUAAAGAUUUAUUAA